AUGAGUUCCGAGCGUUCGAGUCUUCACUCGAAGGACUUUCGGUCGCUCACCAGUCGCCCCAAGACGGUCCAAAUCAAGUCCGGAACUUCUGGAUCCGGCAGCACUUCACUUAUAACCUCGAGUCAUCUUGGGGGAGGCAUCAAGCCCAUGAACAAACUCACAGACAAGUCCCGCAUCUCUCCAAGAAGUCAUCUUGUGACAAGACGAAGCCCAACAUCGCCUAAAUCCCCACUAGCCAAAGAGUUGCUGAGCAAAUUGCACCGAGCAUCGGCCAUCAGAGGUAAGCUCGAUCAACUCUCACAUUCAAAAUCAAAUUCUCAUUAUACUUCAAAUUCUCACAUAAGUAGCUCUCAUUCAAUUUUUGCACAAACAAAAACAAAGCCAGUCCGUAUUCCCAGUCCAAGAACUGUAGGAAUACCAAGAGAUGACGCAAUUCAGGUUUCUGCUGUGAAUUUGCCGUUGGAAAAGUCUGAAUCUGAAUCUACAAAUGUAAUUAGUAGUGAUAAGAAUAUUAGUGCUAAGAGUUCGCCUGAUUCUAACAAACAGUUACCGCAACUCAGAGAUAUAUUCGGCAAUGUGGUUAAUCGUAGCUCCAGUCUGAUAGACGAGAAGCCGCGAGUUACUAUGAGUUUGUCUUCACUAGAAAUAGAAGGUCAGGAUGAAGCUCUGCACUUAGUAAAGUUGCAUAUCUCUGCCAACAACGAGUAUAUCUUUCUCACACGUUAUGGCAAGAUCGUAGAAUUCAGUGUAAUUCAUGGCGAAGACCAGCUUCAAUGGAUCAAGUUUGCUGAAUAUGCAGUUGUACUCCGUAUCGCUGGCACUGGCAGCUAUUGGAUAGCCAACCACGACUUGGAAGAUGACGAGUUCAGAGACAAUUUUCGCCAGCACCAGCGGUGGAACGUACAACCCGACGUAACAAUGACGAGGGAUGAUCUAGACAUAGUGCGGACGAAUAUGGCCAACAAUGCCAAUAAAAAGCAGCCUGGUAGAUUGAGCUCGUUGUUCAACAUUAACAAGAUUUCACCCAAGAAGUUCUUUGGUGAUGGACAACGAGCUACGAGAUCAAAAACCAGUGAUCAUUUUGAUUUCAAGCGAUUGGAUCAGUCUGAGAAUAGCGAAAGUUUGCAAAAAGUUCAAGUUCCCGUUAUUCGAGAGACUCCGAAGUCGUUUUCACCAGACUUGCAAUACACCUUUGCCAACAAUAACGUAUUCAAAAUAGCUUAUUCUGACUUCAAGACACUCUACAACAAUGAAUGGAUCAAUGAUACCAUCAUUGACUUCUUUAUUCAAUAUGAAAUCGACAGAGCUAUCAAAGAACGCCGUGUGCGAGAGAACGAAGUCUAUGCAUUCAACUCAUUUUUCUUCACUAAGUUGAUGUCCAAAUCUGCCACUCAAGAUUCGCCUGAUUACUACGGUAAUAUCAAGCGAUGGCUCAGUAAAGUCGACCUCAUGUCAUAUCCAUAUGUCAUUAUCCCUAUCAACGAACAUGCCCAUUGGUACUGUUCCAUCAUAAGAGGAUUACCUGAGUUGUUAAAAGGAGCGCAAAAUCAGAAGGCCACUAUUCAAGUUCCCGAUAGUCAGGAAGACGAACAAGACUCUGUAGACUCUUCUGGCAGUUCACAGGAGCCAUCUGAAGUAGGUGGUGUAAGCCACUCGGCAAACUCGCACAUAGACUUUGAUGAAGAACCUGUAGACGCCAAAGCCGUCCCAACUUCCCGGGCAGAGAUCUUUGUUUUCGACUCGUUGGGUCAACAGCACAACCAAAUCAAAGUUCCUUUGAAACGGUUCAUCAUAGACUAUUGCAAGGAAAAAUAUAAUGUAGACAUAGUCAAGGCUCAGAUCAGGGUCGUAACAGCUAAAGUGCCCAAACAGAACAACUUCAAUGAUUGUGGAAUACAUGUGAUCUACAACGUCCGAAAAUGGCUAGGAGAUAUUUCUCUUUGUGAGAAAUUAUGGAGAGGUUCGUAUCUGACCCGUACGGCACGGUCGUUGUUUUUGGCCGAAGAAAGAAACGGUAUGAGAAAGCAGUUGAUUACUAAAUUGCUUGAGUUACACAAGGAUAGAAUUGUAGGCGAGAGUGACUUGCUGGACGAAGUAAAUCAAGAUGCGCUCUCAGACGAUGAUUUGGAGGUGAUAGAGUUCCAUGCUAACGACAGAGAUGCCAGAGCAGCCAGAGCAGCAAACAGAGCAGACAAUGCCGAUAAAGGAGGUAAUGUCAACAAAGGAGGAAAUGUCGACAAAGGAGGAAAUGUAGACAAAGGAGGUAAUGUCGACAAAGGAAGUAAUGUAGAAGUUAGAAGUGUAAGAGAUAAAACUGAGAAUAGUACUGAUGGCAAAGUUAGUGUUAAUUCUUCAAUCGGCGCACUUUCUUCAAUCGAUGUCAAUUCUUCUAAUGAGUAUCCCAACACUUUAGAUCCUCGGUCGUUCCUGAAACAGUCUCCUUCUAAUGGGGAGCUGAUGAUCAAUGAUAGUCUCCGGAAACAUUUCUCAACCGAUGUGUUGCCUACAUUUGUCAUUCGUUUUCUCAACGAGAACUUCAACAAGAAGAACAGAGAACUCGAUAGCACCAUACUUGCUAUAAUUUCUCGCGAAAUUCGUAGCUUAAAGCACUUGGAAGAACAAGACAAAAGAGUAGCAUCUUCAUUCCAGAAGGUAUUGACAGCCAUCGAUGAAUACCGUGUCCCUGAAAACGAGGCUAUUCGGCCAAAGAAUAAGGAGUUUAAAAUCCAGGAUAGCUACGUAGAAGACAGCAUUCAAAGAGGAGCUAUUCUGUCACCUUCGCUCUACGACUCAGACGAUAUCAACGAGAGUGUUUCUCAAUUGGCGAUUUCAACCAAAUCUCCCCAAACGCCUAGAAGAGUGCAAACUACUCCAUUGAAGGUAACAGACUCAAUAUCAGAAGUGAUUGAGGCAGUCCCGCAAGUCAUUGAGGACGUUAGUUCGGCCGCUUCUUCGGAUCUAGAGAUUGUUUCAGAUGGGGAGUUAUCGCCAGCGAUUCGUUCGAAGCUGAAGUUGCCCACAAAGGAAAUAGUAAGCAAACGUCGCAAAUUGAAGUAG